GAACUAAAACCAUAAAAGAGAAAGUUGCACACAGAUGAGACACAGGGACGUGAAUAGCGACAGUUAUGUUCUUGCUCUUUUGUUGUUUGGCUCUUGUGGCCUCUACACUGGGGUGUGGAGUGCCUGCUAUUAAACCCCAGGUGAGUGGAUACAACAAGAUUGUAAAUGGGGAGAAUGCUGUGUCUGGGUCCUGGCCUUGGCAGGUUUCACUUCAGGAUCGCACUGGAUUCCACUUCUGUGGGGGAUCCUUGAUCAGUCAGUACUGGGUGGUCACUGCCGCUCACUGCCGUGUGUCUCCAUCAAGCCACCUUGUUAUCCUGGGAGAGCAUGAUCGUCAGUACAAUAGCGAGCCAAUUCAAGUCAUAUAUAUUGCAAAGGCCAUCACACACUCUUACUACAAUGCCAACACGUUUAACAAUGACAUCACACUUCUGAAGCUGUCCUCCCCCGCACAAAUGACAUCGCGUGUGUCUCCAGUUUGCCUGGCCUCCUCCAGCACCAGCUUCCCCUCUGGAACCAAAUGUGUCACCACUGGUUGGGGUAGGACAGGACAAACCUCGAGCCCUCGGUAUCUCCAGCAGACUGCCCUGCCUCUGCUCAGUCCUGAUCAGUGCAAGAGUUACUGGGGUAGUAACAGAAUCACUGAUGCCAUGAUCUGUGCUGGUGCUUCUGGAGUGUCCUCCUGCCAGGGUGACUCCGGCGGCCCUCUGGUUUGUGAGAGAAGUGGUGUGUGGUCCCUUGUGGGUAUUGUGUCUUGGGGUACAUCCAACUGUAACGUGCGCACCCCUGCUGUAUACGCCCGUGUGUCCUACCUGCGCAGCUGGAUCGACCAGACCGUCGCUUACAACUGAUCUGUUGCACAAACAUGCUAAUGUUUCUCAAAAAAUUCAUCACUUAGUCAUUCCAUGCUGCAUGAACACUAUGAAUACUAUCAUAGUACUCUUGACAAUAAAUGGUAGCAUUCUCAUAUUGUACUAAUGUUUGAUACUUUUCUAAGAAAUCAAGCAUUAAAAUCUGAAAAACAA